CCCUUCUCCGCUCUCUGCCCCCGCCCCCGCCCUUCCCGGCCGAGCCUCCCAGCUCCGAACGCGAUCGGCAACAAUGUUUACGUUCCGGGGAUUAUGACGUCGCCGCCCUCCUCCUCCCCCCCUCCCCAGUGAAAAUGGUUUCCUAGGACUUUGCAAAACGGAUCUCCCCAAAGUGUUGGUGCAAAAAACUUUGUAGAUCUCGGCUGGGGCUUUUUUUUUUUUUGGCUUCUUUUUCUUUCAGAUUCUGUUUUUGUUUUGUUUCCUUCGGUCCUUCCUUCCCCCUCGGGGCCAAAAUGCAGGGGGCAGGAGUGUUGCCAAUUAAUUGGUGAACUCUCCCAAAAAAAAAUGGAGGCAGAGAAAGGCUCUGGACGAAGAUUGCGUUCGAUCAACCGUCAGGGAUAUGACGAGAACGAGGACUCGUCGGACGUGGAGGAGAUUGUGAGCGUCAGGGGUUUCAGCCUGGAGGAGAAAUUACGCAGCCACCACUAUCAGGGGGACUUCGUGCGCGCCAUGGACGGAAAAGAUUUCAACUUUGAGUACGUACAGAGAGAAGCCCUCAGAGUGCCUCUGGUCUUCCCAAAUCCCGAUGGACUAGGAAUUGAGAUGCCUGAUGCUGAUUUUACUGUCCGAGAUGUCAAACUCCUAGUGGGGAGCCGGCGACUAGUGGACGUGAUGGACGUCAACAGCCAGAAGGGCACGGAGAUGAGCAUGUCCCAGUUUGUGCGCUACUAUGAGAUGCCUGAGAGCCAGCGGGAGAAGUUGUACAACGUCAUCAGCCUCGAGUUCAGCCACACGAAGCUGGAGAACCUGGUCAAGAGGCCUAAUGUGAUCGACUUGGUGGAUUGGGUAGACAACAUGUGGCCCCAGCACCUGAAAGAGAAGCAGACGGAGUCUACCAAUCUCAUUGCAGAGAUGAAGUACCCCAAGGUUAAGAAAUACUGUCUGAUGAGCGUCAAAGGCUGUUUCACGGACUUCCACAUCGAUUUUGGAGGUACAUCCGUCUGGUACCACGUCUUCCGGGGCAAGAAGAUCUUCUGGCUGAUCCCCCCCACCUUGCACAAUUUGGAACUCUAUGAAGAGUGGGUGCUCUCAGGGAAGCAGAGUGACAUCUUCCUGGGAGACCGAGUCCAGCAGUGCCAAAGAAUUGAGCUGACCCAGGGCUACACGUUCUUUAUCCCCUCCGGCUGGAUCCAUGCUGUCUACACGCCCGUAGACUCCCUGGUGUUUGGUGGAAACAUCCUGCAUAGCUUUAAUGUGCCCAUGCAGCUACGCAUCCAUGAGAUAGAGGACAGGACGCGGGUACAGGCCAAAUUCCGGUACCCUUUCUACUAUGAGAUGUGUUGGUAUGUUUUGGAGAGAUAUGUACACUGCGUGACCCAGCGUUCGCACCUCACUCAGGAGUACCAGAGAGAAUCAAUGCUCAUUGAUGCCUCGAGAAAACCCAGUGUAGACGGCUUCUCAUCUGAUUCCUGGCUGGAGAUGGAUGAGGAAUCCUGUGAACUGCACCCCCAGGAAGAAAGGAGGAGAGAAAGAGAAGAAAAAGGAGAAAAGGAGAAGGAAGGAAAAGAGAAGACACCCAUCCCGCCUGUCCUGCCCUUCCUGCCCCCCCAUGCCACCGCCUCUCCUACCAGCACACCCACAGAGGGCCAGGAGGCAACCAUGAAAAAGCCCAAAGUAGCCGCCGUGCGGUACCUCAAAAGGACUUUGUCCAACGAGUCAGAUGAGAGCGUCAAGUCUGCCAUGACCACGGACUAUCCCAAAACCCCGACAGGCUCCCCUGCCACAGAAGUCUCCACCAAGUGGACUCACCUCACAGAGUUUGAGCUGAAGGGCCUGAAAGCCCUGGUCGAGAAGCUUGAAUCCCUUCCGGAGAACAAGAAAUGUGUCCCUGAGGGGAUCGAGGACCCCCAGGCCCUUCUGGAGGACAUGAAGAAUGUCCUGAAGGAGCAUGCUGACGAUGAUCAAAGCCUGGCAAUCACUGGUGUGCCUGUGGUCACGUGGCCCAAGAAGACAGCAAAGAACCGGGCGGUAGGGCGGCCCAAGGGGAAGCUGGGCCCGGCCUCAGCGGUGAAGUUGGCCGCCAAUCGGACGACAGCAGGGGCGCGUCGGCGACGGACGAGAUGCCGCAAGUGCGAGGCCUGCCUGCGGACCGAGUGUGGCGAGUGUCACUUCUGCAAGGACAUGAAGAAGUUUGGGGGGCCCGGGCGGAUGAAGCAGUCCUGCAUCAUGAGGCAGUGCAUCGCGCCAGUGCUGCCUCACACUGCUGUGUGCCUGGUGUGUGGAGAGGCGGGGAAGGAAGACACGGUGGAGGAGGAGGAGGGCAAGUUUAACCUCAUGCUUAUGGAGUGCUCCAUCUGCAAUGAAAUCAUCCACCCUGGAUGCCUUAAGGUGAAGGAGUCAGACGGCGUGGUCAAUGAUGAGCUUCCCAACUGCUGGGAAUGCCCAAAGUGCAAUCACGCUGGCAAGACCGGGAAACAAAAGCGCGGCCCCGGGUUCAAGUACGCCUCGAACCUGCCCGGCUCGCUGCUCAAGGAGCAGAAGAUGAACCGGGACAACAAGGAAGGGCCGGACUCGGCCAAACGGCGAGGAGAGUGUGAGGAGGCUGCCCGGCGGAAGUCCGAAGAGCACGCCAAGAAGGCGCCUGUAGACGCCAUCCUUCGCAGAAAGUCUGACGAAGUUCACCUGAGGAGGAAGCGGAAAUUCGAGAAGCCCCAGGAGUUAAACACACGGAAGCGGCUAAAACUCGUCAAGGAGGAGAAGCUUUUCAGGAAAAAGCGGCGGUCCUGGAAGAACGCCGAGGACCGCGUGGGCCUGGCCAACAAGCCCCCUCGGCGUUUCAAGCAGGAGCCCGAGGAUGACCUGCCCGAGGCGCCCCCCAAGAGCAAGGAGAGCGACCAGUCCAGGUCCAGCUCCCCCACGGCGGGGCCCAGCACCGAGAGCGCCGAGGGCCCAGACAAGAAGAUGAAGGCCCGCCGCAAGCGGCGGCUCCCCAAUAAGGAGCUGAGCAAAGAGCUGAGCAAGGAGCUGAACCAGGAGAUCCAGAAGACCGAGAACAGCCUCGCCAACGAGAACCAUCAGCCCAUCAAGUCGGAGCCGGAGAGUGAGAACGAGGAGCCCAAGCGCAUGCCGGGGGGCGAGCGGCCCCCCCGUUUCAGCAAGGGCCUCCAUGGGGCCCCCCGUGAGCUGCGGCCCCCACUUGUGCCCGGCCUGCGCGGCCCCCCCCGCGUCCCAGCGCGGCCCCCGCCCUCCCUGUCCCCACCCAAGUGCGUCCAGAUGGAGCGGCAUGUCAUCCGCCCGCCGCCCAUCAGCCCCCCGCCAGACUCGCUGCCCCUGGAUGACGGCGCUGCCCACGUCAUGCAGCGGGAAGUGUGGAUGGCCGUGUUCAGCUACCUCAGCCACAGCGACCUCUGUGUCUGCAUGCGGGUCUGCAAGACCUGGAACCGCUGGUGCUGUGAUAAGCGGUUAUGGACCAAAAUCGACCUGAACCACUGCAGAUCCAUCACUCCGCUCAUGCUCAGCGGCAUCAUCCGCCGCCAGCCUGUCACCCUGGACCUCAGCUGGACCAAUGUCUCCAAGAAGCAGCUCAGCUGGCUCAUCAACAGGCUGCCUGGGCUCCGGGACCUGCUGCUGUCCGGCUGCUCCUGGAUCGCCGUCUCCGCCCUGUGCAGCGCCAGCUGUCCUCUGCUGCGAACGCUGGACGUGCAGUGGGUGGAAGGGCUCAAGGACGCCCAGAUGCGGGACCUGCUGUCCCCCCCCACGGACAAUCGGCCAGGCCAGAUCGACAACAGGAGUAAGCUCCGGAACAUUGUGGAACUGCGCCUUGCCGGGCUGGACAUCACGGAUGCUUCCUUGCGGCUCAUUAUCCGCCACAUGCCCCUGCUCUCCAAACUGCACCUCAGUUACUGUAACCAUGUCACUGACCAGUCUAUCAAUCUGCUGACGGCGGUAGGGACAACCACCAGGGAUUCCUUAACAGAAAUUAACUUAUCAGACUGCAAUAAGGUUACUGACCAGUGCCUGUCAUUCUUUAAACGUUGUGGAAAUAUCUGUCAGAUUGACCUAAGGUACUGUAAACAGGUGACCAAGGAAGGCUGUGAGCAGUUCAUAGCCGAGAUGUCAGUGAGUGUCCAGUUUGGGCAAGUGGAAGAAAAACUCCUACAGAAACUGAGUUAGUCCAAGGACAGGUGUGUAAAUAGUGGGCUGGGGAGGGGGGAAGGAGAGGGAGAAAAUGACUUUCAUUUCAGAAUACACAGGGAUUUUAUUUUACACUUGGAACUUGGACUCACAGAGGAGAGCAAAGAUCCCAUUUUACAAGCCCUAUCUAUUGAUCGAUUGAUCCCGGAAAGGACCGAGUUCACCUCCCUCGUUGUGGACGCCCAGUGCACACACGGGCCAGGGCACUCUGCACUCCCUGGCUUCUGUGACGAUUCCUAAGAGACAUUCACAGCUGGGGGUGGGGGGCGGGGUGGGGAGGGAGGGAAGGAUGGACUGUGGAGAUAUUAUUUAAAGUACCAGAGCAUGAGCUUGGAAGUGUACAUUUUUUUUUUAAUUUCUGCUCCUCUUUUUCCCACGGUGACCCCUCCCCCUGCCGAGUUUUUAGUAUCUUUCCAAUGGACCACAAGCUGCAUUUCUGCCGCCUCAACCCAUCCUGUGUUUUGUUUUGUUUUUUUGUUACAUGAUACAUGAUGCAGAACUAUUUUUGUACAAAUUGUUUAAAGGUUAUUUAUGCAACAUUUGAAUGCACACCAGUGUUGUUUUUUGUUUUUGGUUCUGGUUUGGGCUUGCCAACAUUUAUGGUUUACUUACGGUAGGAGACAACUUAACCUAUCUAGACUUCAUCAGACAAAAAAUAAUCCAUCAGCAGAUACGCCCAGGUCUGGCCAAGCAGGCUCACACUUUCGAUUUAAAAGCAUGUUUGAAUGGGAGUUGAUAUCCUGCUUGUAUCCUUCAGAAGUGACCGAAGCAUGUUGUGGAAAACCAGUGUCAGUUAUAGUUGAAGUAAGACAUUUGGCCAAGUCUUCUCUGUAUAGAAUUCACCUUUUUUCUCAAAAUUUUCCAAUUCCAAUUUCAGCUUUUGCACAUCGGAGGUUUUUGCUCCAGCAUGAGCUCUUGUUACUCUAUAGACCUAAUUUAUACAGUGAGUCAAGCCACAGAAUAAAUGGUCAAACAUAGUCUCUUUUCUCCUUUCCUUUGCAAUGUGAGUUGAGUUCUCAGUUCAGGUUUUCUGCCACGAUUCUUUCCUUAUUGUACAGUUAUGCAUUCAUAAGUGCCAUUGUUGUAAGGUGGUGUUUUCAUAGCCCUUCUCGAUGAAGUUUUACCUUUGUUGAAUUUGUAUAAACAAUUGUACAAAAGACAACACCACAAGCCUUUGAGGGUUUCUGUUCUAGGAGGUGGGGAAAAAUUGGUUUGGAGGGCAAACCCAUCUUGACUGUGUCACAAGAGAGCAAACACCAUUGGAAACAGCAAUACCCUCUAAUUCCUACUAACCCAGGUGACUCUCCUAGGUUUGGACAGAGCUGGAAGAGACCAGGCCCAGUGGACUCGUCCAGGGUCCUCAUUUAUAUGGGAGGUAACAUGUCUACUCGGCAUUCUUUUCACUUCUUUUUCUUGUUUCUUCAGAAAGCACUUAAAUUGCAUAUCUGGCAUUACUACAAAAUGGGGAGGGAGAACCUCAAACAUUUUAUCACCAACAGUUCAGGUACAACAAGCAGCCUCAUUUAAGGUGGGUCCGGACCUAACGAGAGGAUAACUACCAGAGCUUUGAGAAAAACACAUCAUACAGCACUUGGGUAGCUAUCUUCUGGCAGCAGACACCAACCUCACAGACUUAGUGGGACUUGUAUCACUGAUUGUUACUUCUGAAAAGUUCAUCGUUUAGGUUGCUGCCCUUCAAGGUAUCAGUUAAUCUUUUCAAUCCUGAACUUUGCCUCAGUUGCCAGGAGUCAGAAGGUAUCACGAAGAGAGCGCAGAAGGAGUGUUAGGAGAUGUGCAUCUCGUUAUUUGCUAGGCCUGUGACCACGCACAACCCACUCUCUCUGAACCUCCGUCUCGUCACUAGUAAAAUGAGGAUGCUUGCAGUAUCCUUUGGAGGAAAACUUAAGAUAUCACAUAAAGGUGCAAGGCAGUUGUUUCUGUCAGACUGAGGAACUCCCGGUACCCAUUUUGUUAGAUAACCUUACCUCAUCAGAGGCCUUGAUAUGAAGCAGGAUCCAGUCUCUCCAUGUCCAGAUAAAUAAAAAUGGCAAACUGAGGUUUAGAUUAAGUUGCAUUCGUAGUGGAGCUCCCUCUGUCCAGAGCAGGUGACAGCUGGGGUCCUGCUGAUAUAAAAUCCAGCCUCUUGCCCUUUGCACAGGGUGUGAUGUGUAGCUCCCUGAAUAUCGGGAGUUUGGAAAGGCCUUCAGGCCAUCCAUCCCUUCCACGGCAGCCUUCAGAAUUCCUUGUACGACAUACGCAGUGAAUGGCCUCUGAUGUUGCCCUGCAGCUCUCCCGUGAGAGAAGCCACUACCUCCAGAGGCAGCCUAGUCCUUGUCCAAAGGUUUUGCCCUUUUGUAACUUGGCUCUCUGGGUCAGUCUCUGCCACAUGACAGCCCUUGGGAUUCUUGACGGCUGUUUUGUUCUCCCCCAGAGGCCCAGCAUCUCCACUUCUCAGGCAGCUUGAUCUCGGGGCUCUUCACAAGGGACACUACACAUCACUUGUAACUGAACUCAGUAUUCCCGACGUGGUCUGACCGGUUUACGGCAGGACUUGGACGCUGCUUCUCAAGGGAGUCCUACCACACCAUGGAAUUGGUUAGCUCUCCAGGCCACUAAAAGCUCUGGAUCUUUCAGACAAACUGUUGUCUAGCCCCUUCCGUAAUGUAUCUAAGUUGAAUGCCUCCUAUUUGUCUCUAUUAAAAAAUGUACACUGUU